GAGAAACUCAUCGUAUCUGUCACAACAGUUCCGACGUCAUCAACAUUGAAGGACGCUUGGGAUGGUUCUGGCGAGGUGUUCGGACGACCAGUUGACUUGUCUGCUCCGUCGACACAGAAGAGCGAUAUCUCUUCACAAACACAGAUCUGUCGAGCACUGGAGGACAACACCACUUUGUCUCGUUGGGUGGACGACAGCAGUGUUCCCGUUCUGGUUCGCGGCACCGAGUUCAUCGCCUUUGAGAACGAGAAGAGCGCGAAGAUCAAGACCACUUGGAGCUCGUUGAAUAACCUUGGCGGUAUGGCCAUUCAUGGCCUUCCAUUUGACAAUCCCAAUGGAGAGUGCCCUGAACGACCAUUUCCUAUACUCCAAAGCAUCGUGGACACACAG